AUGGAUUUUCUGUUUAAAAUAACACAUCCAUCUCUACUAUAUCCCAAUGCAUCAUAUUCAUUUACUUUCAUAAUACCGAGCAUAAUCCACGUUAUUUUAUCCUUCGUACUACUUGGAAUGUGUGCAUCAGAUUAUCUAUGCCCUAAUGUGGCACAAAUAUCAGAGUUAAAUAGAUCGUCCGUUUCAACAAGACGUCGAAACAGUAGAACACAAGACAAUUCAACGAAUUCAUCGGGUGUACUAAUGGCUGUCUUAUUGUCGUGGUGUAAUUCAUCACCUGAUCUUUUUUCCAAUCUAAUGAGUUGGACAACCACUCCAAAAUCUUCAGAUCCAUCAUUAAAUGCUGCUGCAUUAUCCAUAGGUGAAGUUUUAGGCGCUUGUGGUAUUAUCCUUUGUAUCGUGGAAGGUUCUAUAUUCAUAGUUAUGUCAAGGACAAAUAUAUCAAUAAAUAAACUACAAAGAAGGAAUCUACUGAAAGAUUUGUCGUUCACUACAAUUGCCAUGUGCUUCAUGACAUAUAUCUCUUUAAGAAAUAGAGUUACCAUUCUAAACUGUUUGUUAAUGUGUUUCGUAUAUGUUACAUAUUUAGUAGGGAAGUUUUCUCAUAAUGAAUCUAAAUUCAUAUCAAUUAAUGAUGAAGAAAAUAUAAUUCAUGAGCAUGGGAGUGCGUCAUCUGAACAAAUAGAUGAACAAAUGGAAGCGUCUUCUGAUCCCUUCAUGGAUUUGUCGACCAAUCAAUUGAACACUGGAAUUAAACCUAGUUUAAUAUCUGCAAUGGAUUAUCAAAGUCUGUUAUCCAUACUAGAAAGUUCCGAUUCGAACUCAAACUUAGAAAUAGACUAUAGCGAGGAUGCUAAUGAGCUUUCCACAUUAUCACAGGAAAAUGUGCAUAAUACGACAAUUGACAAUAAAACCAGCAUUCCAUAUAAAGAUAGACCUAUAAGUGAACCCAUUAAAUCAAACUUAAAUAAUAAUAAUAUUCUUCCUCAAAGACAAAUACAAACUUCACCAGCAACUUUCCAACCAUAUUCUGAUACUCCUGAAACCCAAAGAGAUGAUGUCUUCAACAAUAAUAAUACGAAUAAUAAUAACCAAUUAACAAAUAAUGAGACAAUAUUGGCACCCCCAGUAAUAAAUAUACAUAAACCGAGAAAUAGAAGGAAAAUUAAAAGGAUUCAAAAUAGCUUUCUGAAAAUAUUCUUACCACAUUUAUUGAAUUUCCGGAAAAAAUCAAUCCUGCAUAAAAUUCUAUCAAUAUUAACAAUCCCAUUUGUAAUUAUAUUGAGAAUGUCAUGCCCACACCCUUCAGCUGAAUUAGUCGAAUUUGAUGAGAAUUUACAAAAAUAUAUUUAUUCAAAAUUAGAAUUGAUGACUUUGUUCAUACAAGGAUCAUUAUGCCCAUUCGUACCAUAUUUCCUUUUAUCAAGUUUACUAUUUCGAGAACCAAGAAUGUGGUUAAUCACCCUUCCAUCAAUAAUUGCUUUAUGUUAUAUUGUUUUAGUAAUUUCAUUUUAUCAAACGAUUAGAUCUCAUAAUAAAUUUUCAAUAAUAAUAACAACUGCAGAUCAAGAAUCAGAAAUAAAUGAAAAAUCACAAUCUCGUAGAUCAAUAGAAUCAUUAAACACGAUAAUAAACAUAACCUUCCUUUCUAUUGGAAUACUAAACUCUAUUCUUUAUAUAUCAGUGAUAGCAAAUUCUUUAAUAGAAAUGAUGGAAAUUUAUCAAUCUAUAACAGGUAUUUCAAAGGCAAUUCUUGGUUUGACCAUUUUUGCAUGGGGUAAUUCAAUAAGUGAUCUUAUUUCAAAUAUUGCCAUGUGUAGGUUGUACUUAAGAGUACCACAUCAAGAUGAUAUUGAACAUAUUACGAAAAUUGCCACUAAAUUUUUUAUCAUCUCAAUAACUUCAUGUUUAGGUGGUGUAAUGUUAAAUUCAAUGGGCGGCAUUGGAUUUAGUGGAUUAAUUGCUAUGUUAUUUAUUCAUAAGGGUUCUAAUUAUUGGUGGUUCUUAAGAUAUGUGGAAUUGAAAGAAGGAGAAUCUACAACAAAUUAUAAUCAUAAAUUCAUCGUAUCAUGUAUUGGUAUCAUUAUUCAACUAAUUAUUCUCAUAAUAAUAUUUGGUGGUCCCGACCAAGUUCGUGAAUGGGCUCAAAGGAAAAUGAGAUUGUUAGGAAUAAUUAUGUGUAACAUAUGGGGCGUUGCUACUCUAUGUAACGUAUUAUUUGAGCUAUUCACUUAG